UCUGCUUUAACUGCUGAAGAGAGAAUCUCAUAGAUUUUGUUCUGUAGUAGCAUUCCAUCUCAGGUGCAGGAGUUGUAGUUUGUAACAAUGAGGUUUUUAAUCUCAUUGUACGUGUGCCUUCUGGUGCUGAAUUAUAGUGAAAUAAGCAAUGGGCAAGGCACAUUUUAUCCGUUUGGAAAUGGAGAUAUAGUGAAUGGACGCGUCGAUGAUGGAAGUUCUGCAGUCAUCUACCUCCUGCAACCUUUUUUAUUUUUUGGACAUACAUACAACCAAAUACAUGUGAACAACAAUGGACACCUGACGUUUGAUGCGUGGUCCAGCUACUCUCCAUACACAUUCCCAGCUUAUGGUGGUAAAGACAUCAUCGCUCCGUUCUGGACUGAUAUUGAUAACCGUGGGAAUGGUGUUAUCUCAUAUCAGCAGUACACCUCUGGAGAUGUCCUGACACAGGCUUCACAAGACAUCCACCAGUACUUCGCUGACCUGAGCUUUUCUGCUUCAUGGGUCUUUGUUGCAACAUGGGACAGAGUGGCAUAUUAUCCACAGUCAGGAACAGAAACAUCUUUCCAAGUGGUUUUGAUUUCAGAUGGCCAUCUUUCAUUUAUAAUAAUGAACUUUGGAACUAUUGCUCCAUCACAGCGAUAUGUGCAGGCCGGCUAUGACACCAUCGACUCAAGUCACCAUUUUUCAAUUACUGGAUCACUUGUGAAUGGCUUUACAAGCCUAACAUACAGCAGCAAUGUCAAUGUUCCAGGCAGAUGGGGAUUCAGAACAGAUCAUGGAUCACGGGGCUGUCAGUUCAAUGGUUUAGCAGUGCAGCUGGGAGAUUCUUUCUGGAGUGAUUCCAACUGUCAUCAGAGAUGCACUUGUACCAGAAGGGGUCUCCAGUGCAGGCAGGAGCCCUGCACUUAUUCCCAAGCAUGCCGUAGAGAUGCUUUCCAAUACUCUUGUCAGAACAUUCGGAGGCAAACCUGCACGAUCUCUGGAGAUCCUCACUAUUACACCUUUGACAACCAGGUUUUUCACUUUCAAGGAACAUGUACUUACAUUCUCUCAGAGGCUUGUGGCAAUGGUUUGCCGUACUAUCGCAUUGAAGGCAAAAAUGACCACCGCGGUAGUACACAUGUGUCAUGGACUCGGAUGGUCAGAGUAUUUGUGUAUGAUGAAGAAAUUGAACUAAUUAAAGAUCACCACUAUGAAGCAAAGGUUAAUGGGACCCUUACAGCAACACCUUUCAGUCUGCACAAUGGAUCCAUACAGGUCUAUCAGUCAGGUUUCAGCUUGGCAAUCAGCACAGACUUUGGUCUGGUUGUUACAUAUGAUGCACGCAGCUGGGUCACUAUCUCUGUUACGUAUGAGUACCAGAAUGCCACAUGUGGUCUGUGUGGAAACUUUAACCUGCAUCCUGAAGAUGAUUUCCGUUCCCCUUCUGGGGAGAUACUGAGCUCAGAUGUGGACUUUGCCAACUCUUGGAAGGCAGAGGGGGACACAGACCCAGGAUGUCAUAAUGUCAGGUGCACAGGUCUGGCUUGUGCUGUUUGUAGCAAUGACGAAAUGAGGGUUUAUGGUGAUACAAACCACUGUGGGAUCCUAGGAGCUGUGUUUGGCCCCUUUGCUGCCUGUCACUCUGUGCUUUCUGCACAGACAUACAUAGAUAGCUGUAUGUACGAUAUUUGCUUAGGAGGAGGGUACCAACCCAUUCUGUGCCAGGCUCUCAAUGUGUACGCUGCUCAAUGCCAACAGCAGGGAGUACAAUUAGGCCAGUGGAGACGUGGGGGAUUCUGUGAGAUUCAAUGUCCUGAGCGCAGCCAUUUUGAGUUUAAUGGGACAAGCUGCCCUGCAACCUGCACUGAUCCCUCUGCCCCCAUGAACUGUCCCUUGCCCAAUCAAGAGAGCUGUAUAUGUGAUGCUGGGUACAUUCUCAGUGCUGGGACAUGUGUUCCUGAAGCAGACUGUGGCUGCACCUUUGAGAGAUUCUAUUACGCUGAGGGACAGUCAGUAGUGUUGGAUGAGGACUGUGGUAGACAGUGUGUUUGCAGCAGCCGGACAAUGAUCUGCCAUCAGCACCAGUGUAGUCCAGCAGAGGUGUGUGAAGUUCAUCACGGUGUGAGGGGCUGCAGACCAACCAGCUAUGCAACCUGUUCAGUUGAAGGCCUAGGGUUCUAUCAUACCUUUGAUGGACAAGCUUUCAGAUAUCCAGGAGCUUGUGGACUGACCCUUGCAAGGGUGAUGGGACAAUUCCAAUUACCAUCCUUUCUUUUGACAGUGGAGAAAGUACCACGAGGCCAUCAAGGUUUUGCUAGGUUCCUGAAGUUUGAGGCAGAUGGGACUCGUGUCUCCAUAGAAAUGGGAGAAGGUAGCAAUGUGCAGGUGAAUGGACAGAUGGUCGGUUUGCCCAUUAGUGUUGGAUCCAGUCAGAUCAGCAUCUAUCACAGCGGUGUCAUGGGUUUUGUUCUGGAAACAAACUUCGGGGUGACCAUUAGAGCUGACUGGCCGCACAUUGUCAGGAUCACAGUGCCGAGGACUUACAGUAGUACACUUGGAGGUCUAUGUGGGAACUUGAAUGGAAAUAUUACAGAUGAGUUUAUAAGCCCAGAUGGUGUCCUGCUGGAUGAUCCCCAGACAUUUGCAGACAGUUGGCGUGAUGGUUCCCUAUCAGCCCACUGUGAGGAUUCAAAUAACCUCUGGGAAUCAGGACAUUAUCAGAACAGCCAGUUCAGUGAGCAAUGCAGAAUCAUGACCUUGCCCUUCGGACCAUUUGCUGAGUGCAGAAGAACACUAGACCCUACGCAACGAAUCCAAGACUGCAUUCACAUGCUGGAGCAGACCAGCGGAGCCAGGGAGGCUCUCUGUGAGGCCCUUCGUGGAUACACACUGCUCUGCCAACAGAAUGGCAUUGCAGUUGGAGAAUGGAGGAAUUUUACCCACUGUGAACCCAACUGCCCACCACAUGCCCAUUACGAACUGUGUGGCACCAGCUGUCCUGCAUCCUGCCCUAGUCUCUCAUUUCCCUUUCAGUGCACCCUGCAGUGCCAGGAGGGAUGCCAGUGUAAUGAUGGGCUUGUUUUGAAUGGAGAUCAAUGUGUGCCGCCCAUGGGCUGUGGUUGUCGCUAUGCUGGACGUUAUCGACAGCCCAGGGAGCAGUUCUGGCAUGAUGAGGAGUGCCAGUCUCUGUGUGUUUGUGAUGGGAUUACUGGAAAUGUCCAUUGCACACCAUCCUCUUGCAGUGAACAGGAACUCUGCAGUGUGGUGGAGGGAGAGUAUGGCUGCCAUCCCAGUCCACAUGCUAGUUGUUCUGCUUCAGGAGACCCCCAUUAUAUCUCUUUUGAUGGGAAAUACUUUGAUUUUCAGGGCACAUGCAGAUAUGUGCUGGCCACAGUAUGUAAUGACAGUCGUGGUCUAUCACACUUCCAGGUGGAUGCAAGAAAUGAGGCUUGGCAUGGACUCCCAGUGUCCAUUACCGUUGAGGUUUUUGUCAAUGUCUCUGGACAUCUCGUCCACAUGUCACAGGACCUAAAUGGUUAUUCUUCUGUUCAGGUUGAUGGAGAGAUCAGAAACCUUCCCGUCCUACUUGAUUCUGGCCGGGUAUCUGUCUACUCCACUGGAUCGAACACUCUUGUUUCAACUGACUUCGGUUUGAGUGUGACUUAUGGCUUCUGGGCGGUAAACAUCAAUGUACCAGCAGACUACCGAGGAAUUACGUGUGGACUUUGUGGCAACUUUAACGGUCAUAGUGAGGACGACUUCAUGACUCCUUCAGGUUCUUUGGCUCCUUCAUUAGAACAGUUUGGGGCGGAAUGGAAGGUUGAGGACGAGAUGCCAUGCAAUGAUGGGUGUGGGGACAACUGUCCUCUGUGCCAAGAUCAGAGCACUGCUCAUGCCAUGUGUGAGAUCAUCAGAGACAACCUGGGCCCCUUUAGCUUCUGUCACCCUUCUGUAGAUCCACAAGCGUACUUUAAUGACUGUUCAUUUGAUGUUUGCCUCUCUGGAAACCUUCAUGAUGUAUUGUGUCAUUCUAUCCAAUCCUAUGUGAGGGCCUGUCAAUCUGCCAAUGCUGUUGUCUAUCCCUGGAGAGAAAGUGCAUUAUGUUCCAUGAUAUGUCCAGACAACAGUCACUAUGAGCUGUGUGGUACAGACUGUGGUCAUACAUGCGCCAGCAGCAUUGAUCCUAGUUGUGAACACACAUGCUCUGAGGGAUGUUUCUGUAAUGAUGGAUUUGUGAGGAGUGGAGAAUACUGUGUGCCUGUGGAGCAAUGCGGAUGCUUGUAUGAUGGAUUCUACUAUGAUAUUGGUGAACACUUCUGGAAUUCAGAAUGUUCCCAACGCUGUGAAUGUUUUGCCCCGUAUGAUCUGCGUUGUUCAUCAUCCUCUUGCCCAACGAAUAUGGAGUGUAUAGUCAGAAAUGGACAUCGUGACUGUUACGGUGUUGACAACUUUACUCAUACUACCGCUGAAACGACCACACAAACCACCACCACUGACACCACAACCACAGAAACCACUACCACUGAGAUGCCCACAAGCAUAGAAACAACGACCACUGAGAUGCCCACAACCACAGAAACAAUGACCACUGAGAUGCCCACAACCACACAAACCACUACAACUGAGAUGCCCACAACCACACAAACCACUACAACCGAGGUGCCCACAACCACACAAACCACUACAACUGAGAUGCCCACAACCACAGAAACAACGACAACUGAGAUGCCCACAACCACAGAAACAAUGACCACUGAGAUGCCCACAACCACACAAACCACUACAACUGAGACGCCCACAACCACAGAAACAAUGACCACUGAGAUGCCCACAACCACACAAACCACUACAACUGAGAUGCCCACAACCACAGAAACAAUGACCACUGAGAUGCCCACAACCACACAAACCACUACAACUGAGAUGCCCACAACCACAGAAACAACUACAACUGAGACGCCCACAACCACACAAACCACUACAACUGAGAUGCCCACAACCACACAAACCACUACAACUGAGACGCCCACAACCACAGAAACAAUGACCACUGAGAUGCCCACAACCACACAAACCACUACAACUGAGAUGCCCACAACCACAGAAACAACGACAACUGAGAUGCCCACAACCACACAAACCACUACAACUGAGAUGCCCACAACCACACAAACCACUACAACUGAGACGCCCACAACCACAGAAACAAUGACCACUGAGAUGCCCACAACCACACAAACCACUACAACUGAGACGCCCACAACCACAGAAACAACAACCACUGAGAUGCCCACAACCACACAAACCACUACAACUGAGAUGCCCACAACCACAGAAACAACGACAACUGAGAUGCCCACAACCACAGAAACAAUGACCACUGAGACGCCCACAACCACAGAAACCACUACCACAGCGAUGCCCACAAAUGCAGAAACCCAAACUCCUGUGACUGAUCCAUGCCUUUCACUCAACUGUACUGAAGAUGAAUGGUGUGGAGAGAGAAAUGGUGUUCACGGCUGUUUCUGCAAAGACAACCAAACCAUAUCUGAACCUCACUCCUUCGAUUUCUCUGAAACCUGUGAGAGCAGUUCAGGAUCUAUAUCUCUAUCUCGUUGUCAGCUGUUUGAAGCUGGUUUUUCAGCUCAUGUUCUUCAUCUCAAUGACCGCAGCUGCAGAGGAACCAUCCAGAACGGAAGAUUGCAGUUUCACUUUGAUUACAAUGAUCACAUCUGUGGCACCAGACUUGUGGCCAAUGGCACUCACAUCAUCUAUGAGAACUUUAUUUUGGGGACACCAGAGUCAGCCACAGGUCUCAUUAGCAGAGAGAAAAUACUGAAGCUAAAUUUCAGCUGUAUUUACCCACAAACACAAACACUUUCUAUGAUAGAUAUCAACCCACUGGAGACCAUUGAACACAGGAUUCUUCCCGCUGGUGAAGGGAGGUAUCAGGUGAGAAUGGUUCCAUAUCAGGAUUCUGAGUUCUCUCAGCCCUUCUCUGGUCGUGUGGAUGCAGAACUCAACCAGCAGAUGUUUGUUGAGGUUGGUGUUGACGGGGUUGACAGUCGUCAGUUUGUCACAGUGAUUGACACAUGUUGGGCUACACCUGUGAAUGAUCCAGAUUACAGUCUGCGCUGGGAUCUCAUCACUGGAGAGUGUCCAAAUCCACAAGACAACACAGUGGAGCUUCUUCAGAAUGGUGUCUCAACAUCCAGCCGUUUCUCCUUCAGGAUGUUUAUCUUCAACGCAAACGCCACUAAAGUUUACCUGCACUGUUCUGUUCAUCUGUGUCUUCUGACCAACAAUCUCUGUUCAGCGGAUUGUCAUUCUGGACAUCACCAGAGGAUGGGGAGGUCUGUGGACUUUUAUGACAGUUCUUCUAUAUCCAUGGGUCCUCUAGUCUGGUCUGGUGGAGCUUCAGAUACAUGGAGACCAGAAAAACUGAUGACAUCUGGAGCGUCAGGUCUCUGUGGUUGCUUGAUCAUUCUACUGGUUUCACUACUGAGUGUCUGCACCAUCUACUAGGAUAUUUACACAAUUUCGUUUUAAUGAAUUUUAUAAUCCAUGAAAUAUCCUAACAUUUUGCUAAUUCAUAUCUAACUUUGUUUCUAAUGAACAUAAAGCAAUGAUCUUGUUUUGACCACUUGAUUAAUAUUUUCUAGAAUGAUAACAUAACAUUUUUAAUUGACUGUUGAUUUCUAUUUUUAAAUGUCAAAUACAAGGUUUUACCUCUGUUUAAAUAAAAUUGCAUAUUGUCAAAAUAAACUUCACACAAAGCAGAAA